AUGAGUUUGGAAUAGAUUCAACAGCACAUAAAUCAAAUAAAAACAAGUCAUCAGAUGCCAAAUAAGGAAUUUCAAAAUACUUUCAAACUUUUUGAGAGUUAUGUUACUUCCUUAGAUAAGAAUAAUUAAGAAUAAUUGAAUCAAGUUUUUAAGGCUUUGAAGAGAUUUCGAAGUAGAUUAGAAAUUAAUUGA